AGAAGAAUAAAACAGGACUCUUGUGUGUGUGUAUAUAUGCGGAAGGAAAACCGAUUGCAAUUCUCUAAGCGGCUCUGUGUUUUUCUUUCCUUCUUUGCCGGAAAACUGCAAUUGAUCCCCGAUUGAGCAAGUACUUCGUGGGUUUCCGGCGAGGUAAUACGAAUUGCUUAAUUUUCGUUAAUUAUCGACUGUUAUUGAGAAUUCUUGGUGGGUUUUGAGUUUUGCGUCAGAUCUGUUGAUGCUGGGCUGCAGAAUUGGGAACCGCUUUUCGAGGUAUUUGUUCUUUCGGUGAUUUGGUGUUGAAUUUGGGUUGAGUUUGGUGAGAAUUGGAUUGGAAUUCAAGUGGGGUUUCUUAUGUAGUCGAUGCAUGAAAAUGGAAGGGAGUGUAAGAUCAGGAGGGGUGUUGAAGAAGAAGAGUUCGUCCGGGUGUUUGAUUAUCAAGAACAAAGGUGGGAUUAAGAAUUCAGGAGAAGGGUUGGGGGGUUUUAGUGAUAAUAGUAAGGAAAAGAAGAGGGCGAGAGUAGUUGCAAGUAGUUCGAGUUCGAGCGAUGAGGAUGAGUCCUUGGAGUUUAUGAGAAGAAAAGUGCAUGAGAAGAGAUUGAAAAAUGGCUCAAUGGGGUACAAGGGAGAUGAGCUUGAGAACAGGGAGUGUGAUAGGGACAAUGUUGGGGCUGAGAUUAGUGGUGAGAGGAAGAGGAGUAGGUUGGAUUUGUUUGAGUUUGACGAAUAUGAUGAAUUUGAUGGGAAAAAGUUGAGGAAUGAGUAUUUGGAGGAUAGGCCUAAGGGGCGUAGUGGCAGUGGCAAUAUGAAGGAAUUUGGUGUUGGUUCGUCAAAUAGGGACUCGAUGGUGCAUAAACGGAAGGGAACUUCAUAUUUUGAUGGUUCCAAUUGUGGGAGGAGUAAGGGGUUAGAGCACCGUGGUGUGAGGAAUAAGGGAUUUGAGUUGGAUGAGGAUGAAGCACACAUGCCGAUUUCAUUGUUAAGGUUGAAGUAUCAGGAGACGGCUAAUGAGCCAAUCAGGUUGCAAGGGAAGAAUGGAGUGCUGAAGGUUAUGGUAAACAAGAAGAAGAAAAUGGAUUUUCCAUCUCAGCCUAAGAAUUAUGAUCAGAGGGACUCUAAAGAAAGAAAGGCUUCCAGGACCGAUGAUGGUGUCAAGAAGGAAAUGUUGGCACAGUCACCAAUUUAUCCGGUUUCAAAGUCACCUGAAACACGAAGUUUGUUAGCCAACAAGGAAAAAAAUGUUGAGAAGGAGAAAAGGGAGAGUAAACUGGAAAAGGUAAAACCGAUUUUGAAUAAAGGCAGCAAGGGCAGAGAUUCACAAAUUGAUGGAACUGAUAGAGUGUUCAAGUUGGCAACGCCAGGUCCACAUGCUUGUGGCUCAAGGAAAGGGAUAACAAUGGAGGAAGAAAAAUCUCUGCCUCCUGAAAAUAUUACUCCUGUUAAAGGCAAGGAAGGAAAAGAAGCAAAAGCUAAGCGUGGUGGGACUACUGAAAAGCAAAUGUUGCGUGAGCAGAUAAGAGGAAUGUUAGUUGAUGCAGGGUGGACUAUAGAUUAUAGACCAAGACGAAACAGAGACUACUUAGAUGCUGUUUACAUUAACCCUAGUGGAACAGCCUACUGGUCAAUUAUUAAGGCUUAUGAUGCAUUUAAAAAACAGUUAGAGGAAGACAAUGCUAAAACUAAAGCAGAUGUUGGCUCUCCCUCAUUUGCUCCUCUGUCUGAAGAUCUGAUAAAUAAACUUACGAGACAGACUAAAAAGAAAAUUGAAGAAGAAAUGAGAAGGAAGAGAAAAGAAGAUGGCAUUGCUAAGACUGCAAAGGGGCUUACUGUAAGAGAGGUUGUAGAUACCUCAGAUAGUGAUCAAAAUGAUGAGCGGCUCAGUUCUUAUAUGAAGCAGAAUCAUAAAUCGAGGAGAGGAAAAAUGUCUAAAGUGGAUCAUGAUAGUGAUGAUGAUUUAAGUGAUAAGUCUCCCAAAAGGAAGCCUGUGAAAGUAAGAGUUUCAAAACCUUCUACUGUCUCCAAGUCUAGUGUCGUACAGGGAAGAACAAGUAAAGUAAUUGGGAGAUGCACCCUUUUGGUCCGUGGUUCUGAGAAAGGGGAAAAUUCAGACUCUGAUGGAUAUGUUCCAUAUAGUGGAAAAAGAACGGUGCUGGCCUGGCUGAUUGACUCUGGGGCAGCACAGUUAAGCGAAAAAGUGCAGUAUAUGAACCGCAGGAGAACUCGGGUAAUGUUAGAAGGGUGGAUCACUAGAGAUGGGAUCCAUUGUGGUUGCUGCAGUAAAAUCCUUACUGUUUCAAAGUUUGAGCUGCAUGCUGGCAGUAAGUUGCGUCAGCCAUUCCAAAAUAUAUUUUUGGAGUCAGGUCCAUCCCUUCUGCAGUGCCAAAUUGAUGCCUGGAAUAAUCAAGAGGAAUUGAUGCGCCAAGAUUUCCAUACUGUUGAUGUUGAUGGCGAUGAUCCAGAUGAUGAUACUUGUGGUAUUUGUGGUGAUGGAGGUGAUUUAAUCUGUUGUGAUAGUUGUCCCUCGACUUUCCAUCAAAUCUGUUUAGAUAUACAGGUUCUUCCUUCAGGCGAUUGGCACUGUCCAAAUUGUACAUGCAAAUUUUGUGGAUAUGCCCAGGCAAAUGCUGCUGAAGAAAAUGAUAAUGCUGAUGGUGAUGAACUUAACAGAUGCAGCUUCUGUGAGAAAAAAUACCACGCAUCAUGCAGUGAUGGAGUUCAUGCUCUGCCUAUGAGUUCAGGUGGUGCAUCUUUCUGCGGGCUGAAGUGCCGAGAGCUGCAUGAUCAUUUUCAGAAGAUUCUCGGAGUCAAACACGAACUGGAAACAGGACUUUCGUGGUCUCUUAUUCAGAGAACAGAUGUGUCUGAUGAGUCACAACGUAGUUUUUCUCAAAGGGUGGAGUGUAACUCUAAGCUCGCUGUUGCAUUGUCCGUUAUGGAUGAAUGUUUUUUGCCUAUCAUUGAUAGGAGAAGUGGGAUAAAUAUUAUACAUAAUGUUGCCUAUAACUGUGGAUCAAAUUUCAACCGGCUGAAUUUUCGUGGAUUUUAUACAGCAAUUCUGGAGAGGUCUGAUGAAAUAAUAUCUGCAGCGGCUAUCAGGCUUCAUGGAACCCGUCUUGCUGAGAUGCCAUUUAUUGGGACUCGUGAGAUGUAUAGGCGGCAAGGAAUGUGCCGGCGUCUUUUGUCGGCAAUCGAAACUGAACUUUGUUCUCUCAAGGUUGAACAAUUGAUUAUUCCUGCCAUAUCAGAGCACAUGAACACGUGGACUACAGUUUUUGGGUUUGAUGAACUUGAGGAUGUACAUAAGAAAGAAAUAAAGUCCAUGAACAUGUUGGUGUUUCCGGGGACAGAUAUGCUACAGAAGCAGUUAGUGAAGCCGGAAAAUUCUGAUGGCGACAAGAUUUCUGAUUCAACUAAGAAUCAGCCUCAAUCGCCAAUUUCAAUAAAAAACUCGCACUCUGAUUCAUCUUCAGAGCAGAACAGACAGGCAAAUAACGACUCUGGAUGCUGCGACGAGUUCAAGACUAACGAUGAAGUUGGUGUUCUGUGUUCUGGUUCUCCAGCUCUUGCCACUCCUUCAAAUGAUAAUACAACAGCUAGUCCUUCAGAUACAACUGGUGAAGCUGAUGCUCUUCUUGCCAGCCAGAGAGCUGUGGUCAAGCCUGAGGUGGAAAAUGAGCGAAAAGAAUCCUCUGCUAACUUGAAGUGCUUUCCUACACCUGCUGAAAGCAAUAACGGUACCACCGACGUGGAACGUCAAUUGCUAGAUCCUCCUGCAAAGGAUAAGGCUGACUCUGCAGAGGCUACCAUAGGCAAAACAUGCAAAACUGGAGCUCCUUGCCAGGAAUCUGCAAAUAUUCAGGUCAAUGCAGAUUGCUCUGUGAAUGUUUCUGAAGAUAGUAACCCUGGCAACACAGCGAACAACGGUUCUGUUGAAUCUCAGCCUGGUUUUGUUUGUGAAACAUCUGAGAGUUCUAUGGAUAAAUUCAAUGGAGAACCCGACGUCACAUCUUGUCAGACAACAGUUUCCAGUGAACAUCUUAACCUGGGCCCAAGUGCACUUGUCAUGAACAGUAAACUUCAUUUAUCCAUGGAGCCUUCCCCUGAUUCUGCUGCCACCCAUGAUGCUAGGGUGGAUGGUGCCGAUGAUAAUAGCAGAUGUGAUGGCAGAGCCUUGUGCCAUACCCUCAAAGUUAGUGCUGCCCAGCUGACUCCUGGUCCUUCAUCCGAAGUUUCUGCUAAUGAUUCUUCUCAAACAACCAACGAGAAACAAACUCUCGCCCUGAUAUCUGCUUCUUGUGAUUUCCAAGAAAGUAGCAUGACAUGCAACACUCGUAACACUGAAACUGAUAAACCUGAUGGAGAACUCGAACCAUCUCGUGGGUUUGUCCAAAAAGUUGCUUCUCCUAUUUCCUCUUGUGAUGCUUUGGCUGAGAAUACGGCAACCACUGAGAACCAUCAGAAUCAAGUGACUGCUGAUAGAAACGGAAAUGCAGCAGCUUAGUGAAACUCAGUGACUGGGCUCAUUCGGUUCAAAUUUGACAUUCCUAUUCCAACAUAAUCUUCCAUUCCCACAAGCGCUGCCAAAAUUUGAUCUCAAAUAAGAUGAAAGUUUGAAAGAAGAGGAGCUUCAACGGCAGCCUUAUGGCUCAGGAAACAAUUUCUUGCGGAUUCUGCUGCCCUUUAUGGUAUAUAUGAGUAGCAUUGGACUUGAUACAAUGUACAUAUGUAGAUCAUAUUUUAGGGGACCUCGUUUUUGUUACAGCGUAUGGGACGAUGAUAGAUGUGAGUCUGCUGUAUUUGAAGCAGGUGAUUUUGGAAUAUGUUUAUAAUCCUGCUUUAUCUUCUUUCUCUUUCAUCUGUUAUUAUAGACUAUAAGUAGCUGUUCCUGGGGGUUUACUGAUUAUAAUUAUUAUUUCGAAAUUGACAAA